UCUCGCUCAGGUGCCGCCGGCUUUCGGGUACGUUGCCCAGCUGACGGCCAUGGUCACGGCGCCGUCCACUGGCUUGGAAAUCACGCCCACCAAGCUCUACAUCUCCAACCUCGACUACAACAUCUCCAACGAGGACAUCAAGGAUCUAUUUUCCGAGAUGGGCGAGAUUAAGUGUUACUCCAUUAAUUACGACAAAAGUGGAAGAUCAAAGGGAACUGCAGAGGAAGUCUUUUCGACAAAAGCAGAAGCUUUAGCUGCUCUUAAGAAGUACAACAACGUGCAACUUGAUGGCAAACCUAUGAAAAUUGAGGUCAUUGGGAUAAACAUUGAGGCACCAGCAUCUGCUAUUUUCUCUUUUGCUUGACCUCCGCUACCUGGAAACUUCAGUUUUCCUCCCAGAUGGUCAGAUGUGGACCUGGGAGGGGUGCUGGCGGCCGAGGAUGGUCUCGGGGCGGAGCUGGGUUCAGUGGUCGUGGCUGAGGGUGUGAUGGUGGCCGAGGGCGUGGUGCUAGCCGUGGGCGAGGGAGGGGAGGGCAUGGCAAUGUGGAGGUUUCUGCUGCAAACCUCGACGCUGACUUGGACAAGUACCACUCGGCUGCGAUGCAAACCAGCUAGAUCGCUCUUGCACUGCCUUUCAUGUAUUGUUCUUUUGGUAGUGAUAGAUGCAAACCUCUCUCGCGAACCAGCAUCGCCGUUUCCUAGGGUUCGGCUCGGCCGCCGCUUCCUUCAACAAUGCCUCCUUAUUGUACGCCGAUCGCUUAUCGCUGCCGAUUCCACCUACGAUGGGUUCGUCCUCCAUCUCGCACGACCGGCGCCUUCACAUCGAUUCACGGCGACACACACAUCCUCCAGACCGAUGUCCGGCGAAGCGAACCUCCG